ACCAUGUCGACCCUCGCCAGUACGAGCCGCUGGACCCUCGACUAUACCACCGCAGAGUCGUCUCGUUCGUCAGUCCGCGACCCUCCCGGCUACUCGCCGCAGCUCAGCGUAAAGGACCGCGCAAAAGCCGCCAACGUCGUCACCUCAAAGCGGCCCGAGGUCGACCUCAACGAGCUCCGCCAGGCCAAAGCUUGGGAGCUCGCCCUCGCUCCAGCCAAGGCUGUACCCAUGCAGGCGUUCAUGAUGUACAUGUCGGGCGGCGGCAUCCAGAUCUUCAGCAUCAUGAGCGUCUGGUUCCUCCUCAAGCAGGCCGUCAGCGGCAUGAUGGGCGUCGACAAGGCCUUUGCGCCGUUCGAGGCAGCGUCCAAGGCCAAGGUCGGUGCGCCCAAGGUCGAGCCGCAGUCGUUCCUCGAGCAGAAGAUCGUCUACGUGAUCUGCCAGUUUGGCCUCCUUGCCGUCGGACUAUGGAAGUGCAACUCGAUGGGCAUCCUCCCGACCUCGGCCGAGGACUGGGCGCCCGUUUUCGGUCACUUUGCGGGCGCCGGGCCUGUCGACGCACCCGCCCCGGGCUUCAUGCCGAUCAAGGUCGUCCCUGCGCCGCCUCUCUCGAGCGCUGUCGCGUAGCAGAGCGAGCUUGUCGUAGAUCUCUCUGCCCCCCUCUCCUUCUCGUCCUGCAAGACUAUCCUGUACCGGCUC